CAACAGUCUGCCUCACAAAGAGUAUCGUUUCAUUUUGCAGAAUCUUCCAACGCUACUUUGUUGACCAACGCAGAAAAAAUUGCUACCAUUACAACUACGCAUACCCCUCAGCAGAUACCACAGGAGACCAGGAACAACACAAAACCAAAGCAGGAGUCCCAGUUCGAGUUCAAGCCACCCCCAGCUUCACAGCCGGACCAGGAUUUUUACACAGUUGAACUUGAAAGAGGAGCCAAAGGUUUUGGCUUUAGCCUGCGAGGCGGCCGAGAAUAUAACAUGGAUCUCUACGUGCUGCGGUUAGCGGAGGAUGGUCCUGCGGAGAGAUGUGGGAAAAUGAGGGUAUGUCUGGCCUGA